AUAGGCACCGAAUUUCCCUCCACCCUAAACACCGCCCUGAGGGCGGUGGCGAAGGCGACCGUGGUUAAUUGCAACUGCUCAGGGGCAGGGCUUGCCCUGGUGCCUUGUAGUGGCAGCGUGGUUGCGUCCAGGGUGCUUGAGAGCCGGGAGUCCCGGGGGCCUGAAAUCGGCAGCUCUUCACAGUGUCCCUCUGGAAGAGGUGCUGCCGAAUCAGCGCGGGACAGCGUGAGCGCCCCGAAGGGCUUCCUCAGUUGAGGAGCAGUGGGGUUACAGGGCAGGCGCAGGUGACAGGGCCAGAGAAAGAUGGAGCAGCCCGGGGCCGCGGCGUCGGGAGCAGGAGGCAGCAACGAGGAACCCUGUGGGGGCCGGAGCAACAAGCGGAGCCCUGGGAACCGGGCCGCCAACGAAGAGGAAACGAAAAACAAACCCAAAUUGAACAUUCAAAUAAAAACUUUGGCAGAUGAUGUGCGUGACCGAAUUACAAGUUUUAGAAAAUCUACUGUCAAAAAAGAAAAACCUCUUAUUCAACAUCCUAUUGAUUCUCAAGUUGGGAUGAGUGAGUUUCCCGCAGCUCAGCCAUUAUAUGAUGAACGAUCUUUGAAUUUGUCAGAGAAGGAAGUACUGGAUCUCUUUGAAAAAAUGAUGGAGGACAUGAACCUUAGUGAAGAAAAGAAAGCUCCUUUACGAAACAAGGAUUUUACCACCAAGCGUGAGAUGGUUGUCCAGUAUAUUUCUGCCACUGCCAAAUCUGGUGGACUGAGAAACAGCAAACAUGAGUGCACCCUGUCCUCACAAGAAUAUGUUCAUGAGUUACGAUCUGGCAUUUCAGAUGAGAAACUUCUCAACUGCCUAGAAUCCCUGAGGGUUUCUUUAACAAGCAAUCCCGUCAGCUGGGUUAACAACUUUGGCCAUGAAGGUCUUGGACUGUUACUGGACGAGCUGGAAAAACUUCUGGACAAAAAACAGCAAGAAAAUAUCGACAAGAAGAAUCAGUAUAAACUUAUUCAGUGCCUAAAAGCAUUUAUGAAUAAUAAGUUUGGAUUACAAAGGAUUCUGGGAGAUGAAAGAAGCCUUUUGUUACUGGCAAGAGCAAUUGACCCGAAACAACCCAACAUGAUGACUGAAAUAGUAAAAAUACUUUCUGCUAUUUGCAUUGUUGGAGAAGAGAACAUUUUAGAAAAACUUUUGGGGGCUAUCACUACAGCAGCUGAAAAAAUUAAUAGGGAACGAUUUUCAUCAAUUGUGGAAGGAUUAGAAAAUCAUGAAGCUUUGCAAUUACAGGUGGCCUGCAUGCAGUUUAUAAAUGCCCUUGUCACUUCUCCUUACGAGCUUGAUUUUCGAAUCCAUUUAAGGAAUGAAUUCCUCCGUUCAGGACUAAAAUCAAUGUUACCAGAUCUAAAAGAAAAAGAGAAUGAUGAGCUUGACAUUCAGCUGAAAGUAUUUGAUGAGAACAAAGAAGACGACCUAACUGAAUUAUCACACCGUCUCAAUGACAUCCGUGCAGAAAUGGAUGAUAUGAAUGAAAUAUACCAUCUUCUGUACAAUAUGUUGAAGGACACUGCUGCAGAAAAUUAUUUAUUAUCCAUUCUACAACAUUUCUUGCUCAUCAGAAAUGAUUAUUAUAUCAGGCCACAGUAUUAUAAAAUAAUUGAGGAGUGUGUUUCACAGAUAGUGCUGCACUGCAGUGGCAUGGAUCCAGAUUUCAAGUACAGGCAAAGAUUAGACAUUGAUUUAACUCAUCUAAUAGAUUCUUGUGUGAACAAGGCAAAAGUUGAAGAAAGUGAACAAAAAGCAGUGGAGUUUUCAAAGAAGUUCGAUGAAGAAUUCACAGCUCGACAGGAAGCCCAAGCUGAGCUUCAAAAGAAAGAAGAAAAAAUCAAAGAACUUGAAACAGAAAUCCAGCAACUUCGAACCCAGGCACAUGGACUCUCAGCUUCAUCAGGAGUCCCUCCUCCACCACCUCCAUUGCCAGGAGCUGGGCCACCUCCGCCUCCACCUCCACCAGCACCACCUCUACCUGGAGGAAUUCCUCUUCCUCCUCCACUUCCUUUACCUGGAAUGACUGGGAUACCACCACCACCUUGGUUUGGGGGACCCCCUCCACCACCACCCCCUGGCGGACUUCCUCCUCCAGGAGCAAUAGUUGAUUUACCUUAUGGAAUGAAGCAGAAAAAAAUAUAUAAACCUGAAGUGUCCAUGAAGCGAAUCAAUUGGUCCAAGAUUGAGCCCAAAGAAUUGUCUGAGAACUGUUUCUGGUUAAAAGUUAAAGAAGAAAAGUUUGAGAAUCCGGAUCUCUUUGCAAAGUUGGCAUUGACUUUUGCUACCCAGAGAAAAGCGCAAAAGAAUGCAGAUGCUUCAGACGAUAACAGGAUUCUGCCUACAAAGAAAAAAGUGAAAGAAUUGAGAAUUUUGGACUCCAAAACAGCCCAGAAUCUGUCUAUCUUUCUGGGAUCAUAUCGCAUGCCAUAUGAAGAUAUAAAAAACACCAUUUUGGAAGUUAAUGAAGACGUACUGACUGAGGCCUUAAUUCAGAACCUUAUAAAACAUCUACCUGAGCAGAAGAUGCUCAAUGAAUUAGGACAGCUUAAGAAUGAAUAUGAUGACCUCUGUGAACCUGAGCAGUUUGGAGUUGUGAUGAGCUCGGUGAAAAUGUUACGGCCUCGUCUCAAUAGCAUUCUUUUCAAGCUCACGUUUGAAGAACAUGUAAACAACAUCAAACCAAGCAUCAUAGCAGUAACUCUUGCCUGUGAAGAACUGAAGAAAAGCGAAAGCUUUAACAGACUUUUAGAGUUAGUUCUUUUGGUCGGGAACUACAUGAACUCAGGCUCAAGAAAUGCCCAAUCUCUGGGUUUUAAGAUCAACUUCCUUUGUAAGAUCAGAGACACUAAGUCAGCAGAUCAAAAGACAACGCUUUUGCAUUUUCUGGCUGAAAUUUGUGAGGAAAAAUACAGAGAUAUCCUCAAAUUUCCUGAAGAACUGGAACAUGUAGAAAGUGCGAGCAAAGUUUCAGCUCAAAUUCUCAAGAGCAACCUUGACGUAAUGGAACAACAUAUUGUUAACUUGGAACGUGACCUCAAGAAAUUCACCCAUGUAGAAAAUCAACUUGAUAAGUUUGUGGAAAAGAUGACGAACUUUACAAAGUGUGCAAGAGACCAAUAUGAAAAACUGGUUACGAUGCACAGCAACAUGACAAAGCUCUACGAGAAUCUUGGAGAAUACUUCAUUUUUGACCCUAAGACAGUGAGCAUCGAAGAGUUUUUUGGUGAUCUCAGCAACUUCCGAACUCUGUUUCUGGAAGCACUGAAAGAAAAUAAUAAGAGAAGAGAAAUGGAAGAGAAGACUAGGAGGGCUAAGCUUGCAAAAGAGAAAGCUGAACAAGAGAAGCUGGAACGCCAAAAGAAAAAGAAACAACUCAUUGAUAUGAACAAAGAGGGUGAUGAGACUGGUGUGAUGGAUAAUCUUCUAGAAGCCCUACAAUCAGGUGCAGCAUUCCGGGACCGCAGAAAGCGCAUUCCAAGGAAUCCAGAUAACAGACGAGUACCUUUGGAAAGGUCACGCUCUCGCCACACUGGAGCUAUCUCAUCUAAGUGAUUCCUGAUGCCAAAGAAUACGAAAAUAUUUAAAUAAACAAAAUCACACGUCCUGAGAAGAACAACACAUGCACUCAAGGGAUGGAGAGAAAAAAUAAGUGCAUUUCUGCAAAGAUCAAGCUAAUCUGGAUGAAGUAGUGUGCAUUUACAAAACUAUUGAAAGACUCCUCCCAUAAUACUAAUCUGAACACAGUUAUCAGGAUUAUAAAUCGUGUGCUCCAUUUUCAUGUAAAGAUGUAUAUUAUUUGUUAUUGUGUGUGACCUAACUGUGACGAUGAAAGUGGAAGAGACUGAAGAGUUAGAGCUUUUGAAAGCGGUCUGUCAAAAAUUUAAAAUCUUAAAUUUGUAGGUCACCUCACUAAAAGAAUAAAACCAAAAAGGGAAGAGAAGGAAAAAAACCAAAAGAAUGAUCAAAUAUCUGCUUCCAAUCCCUAUGAUACAUAAAAGAAAAAGGCCAAAUAAAAUGUGCAUCUUCAUGAUUCAGGGAGGGGCUCAUAUUGUGCACACUGCGAGAAGCCAUUUUGGAAAUUCACAAAAGUACUGCUCCGCCCCAGUCAAGUUAUUUAGACUCUUAUCCCAAGUGAAAGCUGAUGGAUUCAUCUGUUUUGGCUGAAAUUAAACUUAUCAUUAGUCUAGCGUUUCAGCAUGAUAUUGCAGGCACUUAUCAUGGCUAAAAAUAAACCAAAGUUUAAUAGAAUCAGUUAGGGAAAGUGAUUUAAACUUUAUUUAAAGAGGUAUUUUCUAAUUAUGCACAGAUAUCUACUUUAUACAAAUACUUUAUAUGGCUAUUUUUAAGAAAAACCUCACAUUUUAAUGUUUAUGCUAGGGACGAACCUGAGAAUUCUAUUACCUUUAUGUAGAUUUUAGAUGCAAAUAUUGAUUCCUAGUCUCUGUGGUUUAUUUCUUCUCUCUAUUGCCUCUUACUCCCUUGACCCCCUUCAAGGCAGAGAAUAGAGUUCUAGAAGGCCUGAGAAGAAAAAGAUUUCUUUCUGCAGGAGGCAGCAAAAAUGUCUGAAAGGUCAAUUGUCUUAUCUCCCUUUCUACUUCUCUUUCCAAUUCUGCUUUGAUGGUCUGAAGAAGAAAAAGAAAUUCUAUGUAUGUAUGUGUAAAUAUGUGUAUAUAUUUAUAUCUCCUGCUACAAUAAUUCCAUAUCCCACUCACUAAGUGAACUUCUCAAUCAUCAUCAUACUUACUUACCUUAUAUUAACAAAUCAAAUUCACGCUGCCAAAAUAACUCUAGAAGGAAAAACAGGCUCUACAUUUUUCUUAAAUAGAUUAGAGAAUAAAAAUC